AUGUCAGAGGCGGCAUUCGAACUCUGGGCUUCCUGCUUUGCAGCUGUGUCUCAGGGUGGGGGGCUGCGGUUCGGUGGGGGGAAUAUUUCAGCCGAAAAUAUUCACAAUCUGGAAACUCGAAACGAGGAACUGGUAGAUCAAAACCAGCAUUUGGAGCCCAGUUGCUGGAAAGAUGCAGGAAAUGGAUUUUCCUGGCAAUCUUCCCGUUGUAAGCAUGCAGAAAGAAUUUCCUGCCAGGGGGAAUUCCUCAUUUCAAAGAACUAUGAAUAAUUGGGAUUCUGGCUUCCUGAAAGUCCUGGGGUUUUUAUUUUUUUAAAUCAUCAGUGAGUCUUUUUCAUUUGGAAGUUUAGGGGGUUUUCUCUCCCCCCCCUUUAUAUUAUUUAUUGGCGUCAAAAUGAAGGGUAGGCAAAACAUGUGUGCUUUUAUUUAAAAUGCAUCCCUGGGUUAUUUGCAGGGCAUAGAAAUUCGUUCAUUUCCCCCCCUUCAAAAUAUAGUCUGGCCCCCCAAAAGGCCUGAGGGACAGUGGACUGGCCCCCUGCUGAAAAAGUUUGCUGACCCCUGAGAUAGGUAGGUAGAUAGAUAGACACACACACACACACCCUCGGCCGAUUCAUAAGUUAAUGGACUAUGCGGAAAUGGCAAAAUUGACAGCAAAAAUAAAGCGAUAAAAGAGACAAAUGUAUCUUUAACCCAAUGUAUUAUUGCAGCCUUUUUUUUUUUACUAUUAAAGCACCAUAUGCUUCAACAUUUCUCCAGUGAAAAGACGGAUGUCCUUUUUAAUAAUAAUAACUACCAGACUUUUAGAAGACAUCUGAAGGCAGCCCUGUUUAGGGAAGCUUUUAAUGUUUAAUAGACUCUUGUAUUUUAAUAUUCUGUUGGAAGCCACCCAGAGUGGCUGGGGAAACCCAGCCAGAUGGGCAGGGUAUAGAUAAUAAAUUAUUAUUAUUAUUAUUAUUAUUAUUAUUAUUAUUAUUACAGCACCCAUCUGACUGGGCUGUCCCAGCCACUCUGGCCGACUCUCAACAUAUAAAAUAUUAUAAUAAAACAUGAACGUAUCAUUCAGUCUAGGUCUUGUUCUUAGAAGUGCAUAGAUUUUUACAAAACAUAAAAAAAUUCACCCCAGAAUCAUUUCCACCGACCCCUGAGAGUGUCAGUUCCAACCACUUUGGAAAGCCCAGAUCAGUUGAACCAAGGGAGGGUGGCGUUCUCCUGGCUCCCCUCCAAAAAACGUCAUUUUCGUAUAAAUAAUGUUGUCCUUGGGUUUUUUAAAAAGAAGAAGAAAAGAAAAGAAAAAAACCUCUUGCACGAGCAUCGCUUUCCCUAAAAGGAAGUGAGUUCAGCAGGCGUUACUCAUCGGGGUUCUGAAUCUUCCUCAAGCGGAGAGGUUUCCCGUGUUUUGGGUCAGGAUCCGAGUGAGCGACUUGCAAUCCAAGCUCCGUAGGGUGACCUCAGGAUCCCAUUCCGGUGCGUUUUCUUAAAAUAUCCACCUUUUUCUGUCUUUUUCCCUCUCCCUUCUUCUUAUAAUUCAAAAAAGCAGGCAACGACGAGCAGACCCAUCGCCAGUUCCGCCAGAGGCUCUGCAUUUUGUUCCGGUCGGAAAGUGGUGCCGGUAAGAACAUGAACCUGGGUUUAAUAAAUAAUAAUAAUGUUAUUUAUAAAUAACAAAGCAAAGAUUCCUUGAAAUGCGGGAAUCGUGGCUGAGUACCUAUCGAUGGGAUAUGUAUGGGUAGAAUAAAGAGGGUUUUUUUGAUCCGUUGCUUCCUGGCUGCCUCUCAACUUCCUCGUGUUGUGGGGAUUAAAUUGAGAUUUUUUUGGGGGGUGGGGCUGUGAAUACAAUAAAUAAAUAUUGAUUUAUUGAUUUGUUUCUGGGAUCUUUUAUAAAGGGCGGUAUAUAAACAGAACUAUUGUUCUUGUUGUUAAUACUCCUCAGAGUAGACCCGUUGAAAUAAAUGGAUCUGUGUAUUAUUUCACAAAAUUUGUAUACCACUUAAGAACCUCUAAGAAGUUUAAUGACAAUAGGAAAUGUUUGAAUUUGUCAUUUUUUAAGGGGGGGGGCAGUUAAAAGCACUUUAUGUGGAAAUAUUCAAAGGAUGGUGGAAAUAAACACAUGUAACUUCUACUUGGCUAAACAAAAAAGUUUUAAGCAGGGACAAAAGUUAGACUUUCCCCCUUUUUGUAAAGACUUUAUAUUUCAUUUUAUAGUGUAUAGAGGGUCAAAGUUGGUCUUGUCCAUGUGGAUUCCAAAAGCAGACUUACAUGAAUAUUGUGCAACAAAAAAUGAAACACUGUCCUCCAGUAAAAUGACUUGAGAAGGACUGUGAAAAGGAUAGUUCAGCAUUGUUUUCUAGCUCCCUGACUUUUUAAAAAUAAAAAUAUGCAUUUCAUUGAGUCAUAGAAUCAUAGAAUUGUGGAGUUGCAAGGGAACCCCAGGGGUCAUCCAGCCCAACCCCCUGCAAUGCAGGAAUCUCAGCUAAAGCAUUCAUGGCAGAUGUCCACCCAACCUCUGCUUAGAAACCUUCCCCUGUUGAACAGCUCUUAUUGUCAGAAAGUUUCUACCAUAUGUUUAGUCGGAGUCUCCAUUCUAUAACUUGAAGCCACAGGUUCGAGUCCUACCCUCCGGAGCAGGAGAAAACCAGCUUGUUCCACCUUCCUUGUCACAGCCUUUGAGAUAUUUGAAGGUGGCUCUCAUAUCUGCUCUCAGUCUCCUCUUUUCCAGCCUAAACAUGCCCAGCUCCUUCAACCGUUCCUCAUCAGGCCUGGAUUCCAGACCUGUAAAAUUAAUUCUACCUUUUUUAUUACAAGCACAGUGUAUACUGUUUCCUUCUGUCUGCCUUCUAAAAAGUUUGAUGAUAAAGCCUUGCCAAAGAGGAAGACGUUUCCCUGUAUUUAAUAAUCUGAACCUCCCCACACAGGGGCAGUCUACCUCUGAAUUAGCAACUGCUGCAGAUAUGCUGAUGACACAACCUUGAUGGCAGAAAGUGAGGAGGAAUUAAAGAACCUUUUAAUGAGGGUGAAAGAGGAGAGCACAAAAUAUGGUCUGAAGCUCAACAUCCAAAAAACGAAGAUCAUGGCCACUGGUCCCAUCACCUCCUGGCAAAUAGAAGGGGAAGAAAUGGAGGCAGGGAGAGAUUUUACUUUCUUGGGCUCCAUGAUCACUGCAGAUGGUGACAGCAGUCACGAAAUUAAAAGACGCCUGCUUCUUGGGAGAAAAGCAAUGACAAACCUAGACAGCAUCUUAAAAAGCAGAGACAUCACCUUGCCAACAAAGGUCCGUAUAGUUAAAGCUAUGGUUUUCCCAGUAGUGAUGGAUGGAAGUGAGAGCUGGACCAUCAAGAAGGCUGAUCACCGAAGAAUGGAUGCUUUUGAAUUCUGGUGCUGGAGGAGACUCUUGAGAGUCCCAUGGACUGCAAGAAGAUCAAACCUCUCCAUUCUGAAGGAAAUCAGCCCUGAGUGCUCACUGGAAGGACAGAUCCUGAAGCUGAGGCUCCAAGACUUUGGCUACCUCAUGAGAGGAGAAGACUCCCUGGAAAAGACCCUGAUGCUGGGAAAGAUUGAGGGCACAAGGAGAAGGGGACGACGGAGGACGAGAUGGUGGGACAGUGUUCUCGAAGCGACCAGCAUGAGUCUGACCAAACUGCGGGAGGCAGUGGAAGACAGGAGGGCCUGGCGUGCUCUGGUCCAGGGAGUCACGAAGAGGCAGACAUGACUAAACGACUAAACUAAGCGGACAGGGAAAGGCUGGUGCAUUUGUGGUGGGCUUCCCUGCAGGCCUCUUGCUGACCCUUGUCAGAAACAGGAUCCUGGGUUCAAUGGGCCUCUGGGUCUGCGUCAGGCAAGGAGAGUUUGGGAGGCGGCGUAAGAGGGGGUAGAUGCCUGACUUGGAGGAAGUGGAUUGAGAAAAAGGCCUCCUCUCUCCCUCUUCUAACAUUGGAUCUUGCAGACAUCCAAGGAAGCUGAUCAUGGGAAGAUUCCAGGCAGACUUUUCCCGAUAAACUGUGGAACUCCCUCCCACAGGGUUUAAAAGAGGAAUGGGGAAAUUUGUGGAGGAGGAGUGGGCUGUCGAUGGCAACUAGCAACCAGCUUAUUCCAAGCAGAUCCCCCCCCCUUUUUUUACAGGAAAACCCCCUCUCUCCAGGGUGGUCCAAAAAAUUCUAUAUGCUUUACUUGAGAUUCCUGCAUUGCAUGGGGGGUUGGACUAGAUGACCCUUGGGUCCCUUCUGACUCUACGAUUCCAAAGCGUUGAAGCAAUAUCUUCUCGUGGGCGCUUUUGUGUUUUUUCGAGACGCAGCUUCUCUCUCGCUCUCUUUCUGCACUUCCUGCUUUCUUCACCAAAACUGACAUGUGUCUGCACACAGGAUGUGGCUUUUCAGCGAAGCUCAAACUCGCUUCUUCAUAAAUGGGGCUUGCACCACUGCAGGAGGACGGUCGGAUCCUGCCCUCCCUCUCUCCCCGCCCUCGACUUCCUCUCUCAGCUUCCCUUCACAGCACACCUCUCGUCUUUUAGGGACACCCCAGGGGCCUCGAUUCCUGUCCUUCAAGAACCAUUUAUCAUACACACACACACAUUGCAUGUUUUUAACCGUGAACAAGGAGGCAGUUAAUUCAGUAGGAGGCGCCUUCAUUUCCCCCCAGUUAUAUUUUAUUAAAUUUCCAGAAAUUUCACACAUGCAUUCCAAUACAUAUUAAUUAUUUCUUCCCACUCCACUUUCUGUGGUGUUUUUUUUUUAAAUUUCUCCCCUUUGCUGCACCCUAUUUUCUCUCUCUUAUAACAUUAGAGAUCCCAGGCCCCAGGGAGAUUAGACUGGCCUUGACCAGAGCCAGGGCCUUUUUGGCCGUGGCCCCGGCCUGGUGGAACGCUCUAUCAUAAGAGACUAGGACCCUGUGGGAUUUGACAUCUUUCCGCCAGGCCUUUAGUCAGGGUUCAGUCUGAUUCUUUUCUUUCUGUAUAAGAAUAAGCAUUAAAGAGGCUAUCUAGCCCAUUCACGGGUCCUUUAAAAGACCAGUGGUAACAGUUGGCCCUGGAGAAUAUUAAAAAGGUAAAGGGACCCCUGACCAUUAGGUCCAGUCGCGGACGACUCUGGGGUUGCGGCGCUCAUCUCGCUUUAUUGGCCGAGGGAGCCGGCGUACAGCUUCCAGGUCAUGUGGCCAGCAAGACUAAGCCGCUUCUGGCGAACCAGAGCAGCACAUGGAAACGCCGUUUACCUUCCCACCGGAGCGGUACCUAUUUAUCUACUUGCACUUUGACGUGCUUUCGAACUGCUAGGUUGGCAGGAGCUGGGACCGAGCAACGGGAGCUCACCCCGUCAUUGCGGGGAUUCGAACCGCCGACCUUCUGAUCAGCAAGUCCUAGGCGCUUGGACUUAACCCACAGCGCCACUCGCAUCCCUUGGAGAAUAUUAACCUCUCUCAAUUUUACCUGCGCACUGCCAUCUGUCUGGAUUUUAAUUUGCUCUAAACUAAUUUUAAGAUAUAUUUAAUUAAUUGAUUGCUUGUUCUUUAUGUUCUUAUGUUUUUGUAUACUGUGUUAGUUUUGUGAUGUUAGCCACCCUGAGCCCGGCUCUGGCUGGGGAGGGCAGGGUACAAAUAAAUAUUUAUUAUUAUUAUUAUUAUUACUACAAUAACACAAUCACCUCUAAUUCCAGGCUUGGACUGGAUCACAGGAUUAUAGAAUUGUACAGUUGGAAGGGACCCCAAGAGUCACAAGUAUCCCCCCCCAAAAAAACCCUCUGUUUUAAAAAGAAAAGGCAUUUUAUAAAAGCCAUGUCUAUCUUUUGCUGCAGGUUGA